AGGCAUCUGGUUCAAGAUCGAGCAAUCCGCUGUCGCGACGGAGCAAUGGCGAAGGUCAAAGCAUUCGAGCUGCGGUCAAAGACCUCCAAGGAGUUGCUCAAGGAGUUGGAUGACAUGAAGGCCGAACUGGCCCAACUCAGGGUCGCCAAGGUCUCAGGCGGCGCGGCAUCGAAGCUGGCGAAGAUUAAGGUCGUCCGAAAGUCCAUCGCCCGGAUCCUCACUGUGUACAACAUGAAGCAAAAGGCGGAAGCGCGAAAGACGUACAAAGGCAAGAAGUACGUGCCCAUCGAUCUGCGCCCCAAGAAGACCAGGAAGAUCCGUCGAGCUCUGAAGCCUGAGCAGAAGUAUGCGAAGACUGCCCGGACGAAGACACGCGAGAGCAACUUCCCCAUGAGGCGUUUCGCGGUGAGCAUGUAAGAAGUUUCGCUGAGCAAGAUCUUGCACCAGAAAAAAAGAGCAAGG